AUGGCUCGGGGGAUAACAAAGAAAAUCACGUCUGCUGUAAAGAAGUCGGCAAAAGGGAAGGCAACUACUGCAUCGGCAUCAGCCCUGAUGGCACAGCGAGAGGAAGCACGGCAGACAUUACUAAAGGCCAAGGGCAUGCGGUCGCAGUACGACAGUCAUCUGGUGCGGGGCUGCCGGUUCCUUGCAGAUGUAGUUGAGCAGAAGAAGACUGCUCAUACAGAUGGUACUCACACCCAGGCCAAUGGCAAACUCAUCAACAUUGAUGCUUAUAGCCAUGCAUUCGACAACACUCCCAACAGAUACUCUGCAUCCGCACUCAAACUCUUUCUCGUCCAGAAGGGUUUGAUGGAGGCCCAAGGGGAGACCUACCAAGGGCCGUACCACUUCAAUUCAGCGACCAGGGUAGUCACCGGAAACCCAGCUCAGUCCAUGGCUGUGCAAGACAUGAUGGAAGUUUUGAAGAACAAUGAGGGAGCAGAAGGUGGCAGCAGGAACCAUGCAUCUGCCAUGACGAUUGAGGACAUGCAGAAGGUGAUGGCAUGGUCCUACAAGCAGUGCCCUGACAAGCUGAUCAGUCUCAUCUAUUCCCGAGUUCGGACCCAGAAGCACCUCGUAAUCCGUGCAUUCGCAACCACAGGCUUUAUGAUUUGGACACGAAAUUUCGAGCUUACGAAAAUCAGACGAAAGGACAUUGUUUGGAAUUGCCAGGGACGCCUUCCAUACGACAUCCCUUAUGACUUAGUGAGCCUGCUCAACUGCAAAGGCUGGCAGCAAAAAGGCGAGACCAACAGUACCUUAGAUGGUGCAAACAGUGUGGUCUAUGCCUCCGACAAGCUGUCAUACAAUGGUGUGAUGAAGAUGCUUGCCUGGAUGUGCAAGGAGGUAGGGCUGACGGCUAGGUACCAGUUCAUGUUCACACCUCUGGGACAGCGCUGGUCACUUGCUACCAUUCGGUGGUGGGGUGCAUGGGCCGAAGGCGAAAGUGUUGAUACUCUGAUAUGGUACCUUCUGGACGAGCUCACUCAAUAUGAGAAGAAUCAUAGGGAUGCAUUGUGCCCCAUCCCUCAGGAAGCUGACAAGAGUUUCAACAGUGACCACAUCUUGACAGCACCUGUGACAGCAGCAGAAACAUGGCAACUCAAGAUGUCAUUCAAUCGCGAGCUGAAUCGGCUGUCUGACAAAGUCGAGGAGGUGCUAGACAAACUGACCCUUGUUCCAGCAGGGCCUUCACCAUCACCACCACCUUCCCAACUUGCUUGGUGCUCUGUUUCAAACUCUGUCCCCUCCUCAUCAUCUCCGCUAUCUGGCCAGUCCAACCUAGUACAGCCAACACCGUUUUGUGAGCCUGAGGCCUUGCAUGCACCUUCCUUGGGAAGCUGUGUCUCACCAUCUACAACACCCGACUCAUUUCCUAUUGACUCGAAUUCUUCCUCUGCACCCUUGCCUCCUGUUAAGACUGUGCUCAGGGGUAAGAUGGAGUCUGGGGGGCUUGGCUUCAGCUCGUACACUGCGCCCCUUACCCAAGACAUCAGAGCGGAGGUCCUCCGAAGGAGGACCGAUGGACUACUAGAUAAGCAUGGGAACGUCAGGCGGAGAUUGGUCCGCCCUACAGGGGAGAGUCGGAGGGCUACUGCAGUCGGAGCUAACAGUAGGAACAGAGCGGGGGAGACUGCUCAGAUGAAGUCUGAAGCAGAAUGGAAACAUGGAGGAUAG